ACCCCGCCUAGCGGAAAAGAUGGGCCAGCAGGCUCCGGACCAGAACACUGACCUCGGUGCCGACACGACGGAGAGGAGGGACGUCGUCUGGUGGCGAGCACUCGGCAGCAGGCGUCGUCUCGACGACGCAGCUCGCGACGGAGAGGCCGCGCCGACGGUCGGGGCUACGGCCGCGCUGCCCGGGCCUUACUCGCUGUACGAGGACGGAGACGCGGUAGCCCCGAUGACCGACUUCGCCAGCACCGAGGUCGCCGUGGCCACCACCGUCACCACGACCGCGAGCACGGCAGAGGCUGCCACAACCAUCACUGCCUAUGAUCGCACAACUGACGUCGAGGGUGGAACGGUUCUGAUUGAGCGGCGAAAGACCUGACGCGGGUGCAGUUGCUGGUGCUACGCACCCACCUGUCCGGGCGCGAUGACACCAGCCCCGAGUGCACCAUUACGGGAUCCAGCACAUGGGGAGAGCCGCUGGCCCGAUACCACCCGAAUAUCGUGAGCGCCAUGUGACCCAUAAUAUCGGCGGCUGCCGACAAAGUCAGCGCGCCGAGCGUGAUGCUCUACUUUGGAAAUAUUACCAUACUGAUA